AUGAGUACCGUGUCUCUACUUUGGGUCGGUGAUCUUAACCAAGAUAAGCGAAUGGCAAAUGCUUCCAUGAAAAUCUCCGAUGAACGCUACCGCCCAAAACUUAUUGAAUUGAAAGAAGGUCAGAAAGAGAUAAGAAUUGGGCGGUUAAACUCGACAAACCCGCCACACUAUCUUAUCGAAAGCUGUAUCAACAAGCGCAUGAUUUCUCGGAACCACGCUACCAUUGAACGUUUAGCAAAUGGUGGAUUUAUGCUUUAUGAUCAUAGCAUGAACGGGACUUAUGUGAAUUAUAUGCGUGUAUCUGGAGGUGUCACGCUUAAACACGGAGAUAUUGUGUGUUUCGGGCAUCUUAAUGGUGCAAACCUCAAACCCGGUGAAGAUGUAACGCCGUUUUUUUCUGACUUAAAGUAUCAGGUGUAUAUUGGUUCCACCAGGGAUGCAAUUAAUUCCGCGGCAAAUGAUGCCUCUGGUGAACGUCCUUCCGGUAAUAAGCGCCAGCGUGGUGCUAGUGGAGGAAGCCUUGAAUCUCCAUCAUCUUCUCGUGACAAGAAAGGCGGAUCUUCCAAAUCCGGCGGUCGUCGGCGACUCGAAGAGGAUGCA